AUGCAAGUGUUAGCAUGCAAUUCUUGUCCUGUGCAAUUUAAUGCAUUGGGGUUGGGCACUCCCAAGAACCGUUUGAUAGGUCGAAGACAGCUUUGCUUUGAUGGAGUCUCCUCUGCCAGCUCUCACUCUCAAUCAAACAGGCCCACUCAUUCCUCAGACGGCGCCGUUCCUCCCUUCUCCAUUCCCACUCAAAGUGUUCAAGAACUGAGCAAGGAUUUCGAUCCAUUGGUGCGCGAGGCUGCUCCUUUCACAACACGGCGGGCGUUGUUUGCGAGUAUAUUCAUGUAUCCACUUUGUGAUCCUUCAAGGUAUUUGUCAGCUCAAGCUUUAGGAGAUCCCACUGUAACAAUUGAAGAAGUAACUCCCCCGGUUUUCACUUCCGGGCCACUCUUCCCCACUGAGGAAAGAAUUGUCCAACUCUUUGAGAAGAACACAUACUCUGUUGUUAACAUUUUUGAUGUGACAUUGCGUCCUCAACUUAAUAUAACUGGUGUGGUUGAGGUUCCAGAAGGAAAUGGUUCAGGAGUAGUCUGGGAUGGACAAGGUCACAUUGUAACCAAUUAUCAUGUAAUUGGUAAUGCCCUAUCAAGAAAUCCAGGUCUUGGGGAGGUUGUUGCAAGAGUUAACAUUCUAGCAUUGGAAGGGGUACAAAAGAAUUUUGAGGGGAAGCUAAUUGGUGCUGAUCGUGCAAAGGAUCUUGCUGUCUUAAAGGUAGAAGCAUCUGAAGAUCUGUUGAGGCCAAUCUCUGUGGGGCAGUCUUCUUCUCUAAGAGUAGGGCAGCAGUGUUUAGCAAUUGGAAAUCCGUUUGGUUUUGAUCAUACCCUCACUGUCGGGGUAAUUAGUGGACUGAAUCGAGACAUUUUCAGUCAAGCUGGAGUCACAAUUAGUGGUGGAAUUCAAACAGAUGCAGCAAUCAAUCCUGGGAACAGUGGAGGACCCCUGUUAGAUUCCAAAGGAAAUUUAGUUGGAAUUAAUACCGCAAUAUUUACUCAGACAGGGACAUCGGCCGGUGUAGGGUUUGCCAUCCCAUCAUCAACUGUACUCAAAAUCGUGCCUCAGUUGAUUCAAUUUGGAAAAGUUGUUCGAGCUGGUUUUAAUUUGGAGAUUGCUCCAGAGCUAGUUGCAAAUCAACUCAAUGUUCGAUAUGGAGCUCUUGUUCUGCAGGUCCCUGCAAAUAGUGUUGCAGCAAAGGCUGGCAUACUUCCCACCACAAGAGGCUUUGCUGGUAAUAUAGUACUCGGGGAUAUCAUCGUUGCGGUUGACGACAAACCUGUUAAAAGCAAAGCAGAGUUCAACAGAGUAUUGGAUGAAUAUAACGUGGGGGAUAAAGUAACGUUAAAGAUCCAGAGGAGCAGCAAAAAUUUGGAGCUUCCCAUAACAUUAGAAGAAAAGAGUUCAUGA